AUGAUGGAUAACGUAUCUAUUGUAAAGGUUUUUACUCUGUCUGCAUUGAAUGAGACUGCAACAUAUAAACAUACAAUCUUUUCACUUACUUUGGUGUAUUACUGCCUGAUUCUGUUUUUAAAUAUCUCUCUUAUUGUUAUAAUCAUUUUAGAUUCAAAUCUCCACGAGCCAAUGUAUAUUUUACUGUGUAGUUUCUGUUUUAGUGCGUUGUAUGGAACAACUGGUUUCUACCCAAAAUUUCUUAUCGAUUUACAAGCUACAUCUCCAGAGAUCUCAUACGAUGCUUGUCUCCUCCAGGCUUUUAUCAUGUAUUCUUUUGCCUGCUGUGACUUGUCUAUUUUAGCAGUAAUGGCGUAUGACCGGUAUCUGGCCAUAUGCCUUCCUUUGCAUUACCACUCUAUCAUGACUAAAAAGAAGCUGUCUCAGUUGAUAUGUUUCUCUUGGGUUAUGCCAUUGUCUAUUUUUGCUAUUAGCAUUAUUCGAACAUCUAAACUUCGUCUGUGCAGCUCAAGAAUUCAGAAAAUAUUUUGUGUUAACUGGGUUGUUGUCAAACUUGCCUGUCCAGGAAAUGAAACCAUCUCGAAUAAUGUACUUUCAUAUGCUACAAUUAUCAUAUAUUUGUGUCAUGGUUUCUUCAUUAUAUGGACGUACAUGCACAUGGUUAAAAUCUGUGUUAGGUCUAAGGAUGAACAAAGGAAGUUUAUGCAGACCUGUGUUCCACAUUUGACUUCUUUAACAACAUUUCUCUUUGCGAUUCUUUAUGAUUUGAUGUACAUGAGGUUUGGUUCUAAUGCUAUCCCACAAAGCCUUCAAAACUUCAUCGCAAUUGAAUUUCUUGUCAUUCCUCCAUUCAUUAAUCCUUUAAUUUAUGGACUUAAAUUGGGGAAAAUACGCAAAAGAAUUGUAUAUUUACUGACGUAUCCUGGGAAAUAA